AAAACAAGACAGUCAUUUUCUCUUCCUUCUCGGUUGUGACAUCGCUUGGAGAUUUUCGUUCGUGUCUCUCUUUUUGUUCAUCAUUUUCAAUCUGGGCUGGUCUAAUUUCUUACACAGUUCAUUGCUUCACCAGGAUCUUCUAAUCUGAUCAUCCUUGAUUUUUCCGGCAGUAAAUUCUACACUACUUCCUUUCCUUUAUCCGGUGCUUAUACAAUUACUAUCGAUAUACUUCAAGCUGUAUCUCUUUUCUGUCAAAUUCCGACACUACAAUGGAAGAUACACAAGAUACACAAGAUACACAAGAUACACAAGAUGCCAAAGGUCCAUAUAAAAAAUGGUCUGAACCUCAACACAAGAUGUUAUUGCGUCUGCUAGUAGACGCAAUCAAUCAUGGUUUUCGUGAUGCUAAUGGCAAGUUUAACAAAUUAACGGUGGAAACAAGAAUAUUACCACCUAUAAACAAACAGCUUGGAGCUAAGAAAACCUACAGUGAGUACCGAAAUAGGAUGAAGAUCUUGAAGGGUAGGUACAAAAGCAUGGCGGAACUUCUUCGUUUUAGUUCAGGGUUUGGGUGGGAUCCUGAAACGAAAAAAUUCACCGCUAGAGAUGAAGUCUGGGAUGACUAUUUGAAGGCUCAUCCAAACAAAACAAAUAUGCGUAAUGAGUCAUUUGAAGAUUUUGAAGAUUUAAGAAUGAUAUUUGGAUCUAAUACUGCAACUGGGCUUAAUGCUGUGGGUUUAGGCGAUACCGUUGAUGCAGAUUCUUACCAAGUUGGAGAGAAUGACGGGAUAAUGGAUGAUAUGGACAGAAUACCAUACGCUGAGAAAUCUGUGCACGACGUUUUCUCUUCAAUUGAGAAAAACAGGUUAGAAAAGCUUCCUCAACGAAAGAAAGCUAGAACUGAUGCAUUUAAUUCGAACAAAGCUUUUGAUGAAGUGAACACAGUGCAAGAGUUCGGUAAUCAGAUUCUUGGCAUGAUACAAAGAAGAUGGGAAAAAGAAACUGAAGAAAAAGAAGCUGAAGACAAAGCUGAGAAUGUGUGGGAAGCUAUUACAGAAAUUCCUGAUUUGACCAUCGAUUUGCGUUACGAAGCCAUGACGUUGGACAUUAACUUUCUCAAAUUCACAACCACACCACGAAUUCUCUAUUUUUAUACUAUAGACGACGUUGAACAUAUUUUCAAACGUAUUGCAGAGAGAAUCCAGUUUUUCUAUUUUGUUGUAAAGCAACGUUGCAAAGAGAAUAUGUUUUUUGUGUAAACCAAUGUCGCAGUGUUUUGUUUUGUAAA